AUGUCUUCUAGCAUGACCGAGAAGCAGAGGCCUAUAGUUCCCAAAUACGUUCCCAAAUACGCCUCUGGCACGAAAGGUUCCAGCGGAGAUGAUAUCGUUGACGGGAUUGCCGCCUGCAUAUUUCUGGGGGGCUUCGGAUACUUCCUGUACUGGCUUGUCGAUAACAUCUGGUUUUCGGGAGUAGCUGUCCGAGCCGCCAUGGCGCACGCUAGGGAAGUCGCACGUGCAGCCAAAGUAGCCGCCGCGCUGGCGGAGAAGUCUGCGGAAGAGGCCGCAAUCCUUGCAGAGCGAGCUGCGGCCGAUGCCGCCCGGAUGGCGCAGAUCAAGGGGGUUCAGGUGCUGGCGGAUCUGCUGGAAGAGAUCAAGCACCUCAGGGCGGCGAUGGACAUCAUUGCGGGCGGGGAGUAG